AUGAGUGUAAAGCUUUCCGAUUUGGUUAACGCGGCGGGUGAUGACGCGAAAGAUUCUCCGACGCAAACCGAAAUGCAGACCAUUCUCUCAGUCAUCGAGAAGAUAACUUCCGCAGACCACAUUCUUCGCAAUCAAAUCGAAGACAAGAUGAAGUUGUAUGAUGCCAAGAAGAUUAGUGAUGUACAAAUGUGUAACAUCCUUACACUUGCAGACUACAUCGUGCAAAACUCUCCCCUUUUCAGAACACAAGUCGCCAAUUUGUCAUUCAUAGCGCUCUUACAGAGUAUCGGGAAGAUGAAGAAACAGUUUGGGAGUGUCAACACCGUUGAAGCCAAAGUCAGAGAACUGAUUUAUAAAUGGGGAACGUACUUCCCAAAUGAAUUGAGCGAGUAUGUCGUCUUGCGACAAAAGUAUUGCAAAAAUGGUGUUAUAGAUCCUAACACCACAUCAACCGUUUUUCUUCCGACGUCAUUGACGUCGCUUAUUCCCCAUGUCGAACACACUUUAAGAAAGGCGUCGACUUACUUUGAGACCGGUGUUGGUGACAUUAAUUCGAUCAAAAGACAUGCCGAGAAGCUAUACACAAAAUACAAAGUCGAGUGCGAGUACUGUCGAAGAAUGUCGAGUCGCUAUGACGCCAAAUUACUGAAAGAAGCUGACGAAAUUGGAAAGCGUCUUGAAACAGUUAUAAAGAAGUGUGAUGAUGAAAUAACUGGAUCAAAGAAGAUCAAUGUCACCAAUUUUGUCUCGUUAAAUAAAGACGAUGUUAAAACAGCACCAAGGAAAACUACUUUACACUUACAACCACCACCUAUGUCACCACAAACUAGAAGUAUCGUUUCACCAUCAACAUUUUAUGGAAAUUCAGCUUUCACUAAAAGAGAAUCCCCAUUCGAAGCAUCAUCAUACACCGGUAACUCUUUUGUGUACACACAUAAGGCGUCACCGUCACCACUCCAAACAGCAAAAGCUACACAAAUUAUGGUGCCAAUUGCUCAACCAAACACGGGCGACAUUUUCGCAUUCGACGAGGACCUACCAACAAAACCACCUACAUCAUCCCUUAACCCACAAGCACAACAACCUUCAUUCUUGUAA